AUGUCAACUAGACUGAGUAUCAUUAUUGUGUUGACAAUUGUUCAAUUACAUUAUGCUUUAACACGAUCAGCAUCAAUUAAUUCGGGUGAUUAUCACAUACUUAAGAUUUUAAUGAAUCAAUCUCGAAUAAAUGUUUCGUCAAAUCAAAAUGAUAUUUUACCUAAAUUAAAUGAUCAAUUAUUAAAUAUUGAUCAGUGUAAAGAGGAUGAUUCAAAACAAGCAGCUGUUCGUAAUUCGUUGAGUACAUUAACAUAUUUAUCUGAACAAUAUGAAACACAAUUUGAUUCGACGGCAACUUCUAUUGAUUUCAAACCAGCUGAUACAUCAUAUUCAAAUACUAAUUUACCUUUAAAUACCAUUGAUACUACAUCAUUAGAAGCUCAGUCAAUUGCAGGACAACAGACAAUGGCAAAAACAAAUUCACCUAUUAAUAUACAAUCAACCAUACCAAUAUCUACAAUAACAUCCGUUGAAAUGACUAAUAGCUAUGAUACUAUAGCUACUACGAAUACAACUAUUUUAUUCAAUACGGCAACAACGACAACAAUAACAGCAACAACAACAACAGCAGUAACAGCAACAACAACAACAACAACAACAGCAGUAACAGCAACAAUAGCAACAACAACAGAAAUAACAGCAACAACAACAGAAAUAACAGCAACAACAAAUUCAAACAUUACAUUGGACGAUCGUCAAACUACUACAGAAUCAAUAACUAAAUCUAAAAAUAAUUUACCAUUAAUUCUUGGUCUUACUCUUGGCUUGGCACUUCCAUUAUGUUUGGGCAUAAUUGGUGGUCUUGUCUACUAUUACAAAGUAUAUCGACCAAAACAUUCUUCAGAUUUUUGGAAUUUUGCUGCUAACGGUAUUUUUAGUGUAGCGCCAUCAAAAUAA